UAGAGGAUAAUACAAAUGCCAAUAGUCUUUUUACUCCUUACCAAAUAUGCAAAUAUUGCAAUAAAGAUGUUGUUGGCUUAGUUGAUCAUUUGAAAGAAUAUUUGAAUAAAUAUAAUUCUUUUCCUUAUAAACUUCAAGGAUUAACUAACUUAACUACAAGUAAAGCUCGUCGAAAUAGUGCUCCUAUGCAACCUAAUUCUACUGCUAUUCAAUCAAGACAAAUGU